UUGGUUUUGUUUUCCAGCUUCAUGGAGUUUAAGUAAAGCUUGUCUUUUCCUCGAUCAAGUAAACCAGCUGAGCAUCUGGAUUACAUCUACUUUGAGUCUUUUUGUAUCCACACAAUUGCAUUUGUGAUAUUAAAUAAAUAUUUUAGACACUUUAGGCAUUCCAUACAUUUUUCCUAACUGGAAAGGACCCACACUUGAAGACGUCAAACAGGCGGUGCCAGACUUCAGCUCAGAGUCACCCAGAGGGGACUGACUGCUGCAGUUCAUUGUCUGUGCCGGGCUGAGCGCGCAGCACCAUGGAGGAAACCAAAGCAGAGGAGAGCUUGCCUGACCAGGAGGCGACUGUGUUUGGAACUUCUGAGCCAGAAGGUCAGAAGAAAACGUCUGAGCGGAGAAAGACAAGGAUUAAACACUCUAAAAUCAUUGUUGGGGUUCUGCUACUGAUUUUGCUGAUCGCCAUCCUGGCUGCACUGAUUUCCAUGAAAACAAAGACUCACAGAGGAGGAGGGGACCUGUGGUUGGAGCAGGAAUCUCAUGAAGUUCAGCAGCCAACGUGUCCACCUGGUUUUUCCCGACCUCCCCUGAUCCUGGUGUCACUGGACGGUUUCCGAGCGCAGUACCUGACAGAUCACCAGAGCCAUUUACGAGUUAUCGGUGCUUUACGAAACAGAGGAACAACAGCUCCAUAUAUCAGACCUGUCUACCCCACAAAAACCUUCCCAAACCACUACACCAUCGUGACAGGUCUUUAUCCCGAGUCUCACGGGAUUGUGGAUAACAAGAUGUACGAUGUGACUCGAAAUGCUUUCUUCAGCUUGAAAAAUGAAGACGAAAAGUGUAACCCGAAAUGGUACCAAGGAGAACCGAUUUGGAUCACCGCCAUACGUCAAAAACUGAAGGCAGCCACUUACUUCUGGCCGGGCUCUGAUGUGGCCAUCAACGGCACAUUUCCAAACAUCUUUAAGGAAUAUGAUAGUGGCAUCACCUUUAAGACCAGAGUUUCGACUUUAUUGAACUGGCUAAGUUUACCAGAGGAGAAAAGACCAGACUUUUAUACUUUGUACCUGGAUGAACCUGAUAGUUCUGGGCAUCGUUAUGGUCCAAGAAGUCUAGAGGUGAUUGAUGCCCUAAAAAAUGUUGAUGACAUGGUGGGCGAGCUGAUGGACGGUCUGACGGAGAGGAAUCUGCAUCAUUGUGUUAAUAUAAUCAUCAUAUCUGACCAUGGUAUGGAGGAGGCUUCAUGUGAAAAAGCAGCAUUUGUGUCAAAUUACCUUCCCCACACGUCUGACUUUGAAGUAAUCCAAGGCCCAGCUGCUCGCAUCAGACCAAAGCGUCUCCCAGAAGAUUACUUUUCCUUCGACUACGAAGGGCUAGUGAGGAACCUCUCGUGCAGCGCCCAUGAUCUGACAAUGACGCCAUACCUCAAAGAACACCUCCCCAAAAGGAUGCACUUCGCCAACAACAUCCGCAUCGAGAGGGGCCACCUCUACAUGAAGCCGGGCUGGCAGGCGGCGCUAAAUCAAAAUGAGGUCAAACGCUGCAGCGGGGGGUUCCACGGAUCAGAUAACAUCUUUACCAACAUGCAGGGAAUUUUUAUUGGUUACGGGCCUGGAUUUCUACAAAACACAAUUGUGCCCCCCUUUGAAAAUAUUGAAGUUUAUAAUCUCAUGUGUGAUCUUCUUAAUAUCCGCCCGGCUCCAAACAACGGGACCCACGGCAGUCUGAACCACCUCCUGAAGAAUCCUGUCCACCAUCCAGUGCACCCUGCACAGCUGUCCCAUGAGACCCCCUGUGAGGCUGCCGAACCAGCCCCCACAUACAGCCUGCACUGCAACUGUUCAUCCCAAAUCAACUCAUCGGAGACUGAAAUGAACAGAAUUCUACUAGCUAGUUCCACCAAAAAGGAGUCACAACGUCGUGUCCACCAUCCUUACGGCACGCCAGGAGUCGUCCAGUCAGGUGCAAACUUCUGCCUACUUUACCACCUGGACUACAUCAAUGGCUACAGUAAAGACCGCCUCAUGCCUCUGUGGGUGUCUUACAGCAUUCAGCCUCUGUUGAGACCGCCAAAGCCGAGGUCGGAGACAGACGUGUGUGUUCGUGCUGAUGUACGCGUCCCACUGGCCUCUAGCCAGCAGUGUCUUCAAUACAAGGACGACCGCAGCCUGACCUAUGGCCUGCUGCACCCCCACUAUCUAAGCUUCAGCGGUCCAGAAACAGACUCUCUAAUUGGCACCAACAUGGUGCCAAUGUUCCCUGCAUUUAAAAAGGUUUGGAACUAUAUUCAUCAAUCCCUGUUACCAAAAUACUCACAACAGCUUAACGGAAUCAACAUCCUCAGCGGGCCAAUAUUUGAUACGGAUUAUGACGGGAAUGUUGAUCCUGUCAGGGAAGUUUCGGGGAAUGAAGCAUCCAUCCCAACGCACUUCUUCUUAAUUCUGAACAGUUGCCAAAAUUUGACUUUACUCCCCACUAACUGUGUUGGUCCACUGAAGGUCCAGUCUUUUAUUCUUCCUCACAGACCAGACUACUCUGAGGUCUGCAAAGAGUCAGAUUUGGAGUUUGUUGAGAGCUGGAUGUCUUUCCACACCGCUCGGGUCAGAGACAUCGAGCUCCUGACUGGACUCAGCUUCUACCACAGCAUGAUAUCAGUGGAAGAAACACUGCAACUCAAGACUUUUCUAGACACACAGCGUGCAAUAGAAAACUCUUGAAAGUGAAGCUUUCUUUAAAAAAACAUUUCCAUCCUUUUGUUUCCUAUUCACGGUUGUUUUUUUAAGGACUGGACAUAAACUGUUCACAUUUUUAUGAAGUACAAAGAAUGCACUCAUAACUUAAAAAGUGUAAAUCUUAUGGAUUACUCUGUUGAUGGAAGGAUUUGAAUAAAAAUACAGAAAUCCUCAACAUGUGGAAAUAUCUAAUGAAUACUUGUCACUGCUAAGUAGGUUUUAUCUUGUGCCAAUUGAUAUUUCUAUGUUUUUGAAUCAAUGUUGUCUUUGUAUUUUGGUACAUUUAUCAGAUGAAUAUUCAGUUUUCGGUUUGUGUUUGAAUAGAUUAGGAAGUCCGUUCACUCAUUGUGUUAUGUGUGAGAAACAAAAGUUAAAAUUGAAGGGCUUUUAUCACUACAGACAAAGGUGUUAAGGGUAAAACAUAAUGAGAGACAUAAAUAAAGAUCCCACAGGUUUAUAUGGAGCCAA